AUGGCCUCUCAGCUCAAGGGCACGGCCGAUGUCAACGCCGUCGAGGCGCCCGUCACCCUCAAGGCGUACUUGCUCUGCGCCUUCGCCUCGUUCGGCGGUAUCUUCUUCGGUUACGACUCCGGUUACAUCAACGGUGUCACCGGCUCGCCCGUCUUCAUCAAGGCGAUCAUGGGCGAGGGCCACACCGCCCUCUCGUCGUCGCGCAACUCGCUCAUCGUCUCGAUCCUCUCGGCUGGUACAUUCUUCGGCGCGUUGAUUGCUGGUGACAUUGCCGACCGCAUUGGUCGUCGCCCUACCAUCAUCGCCGGAUGCUUCGUCUACAUGGCCGGUGUCAUCAUUCAGAUGUUCGCUGCUUCCGCCCUCGCUACCAUCGUCGUUGGUCGUCUCAUCGCUGGUUUCGGUGUCGGAUUCGUCUCGGCCAUCAUCAUUCUUUACAUGUCGGAGAUUUGCCCUCGCAAGGUUCGCGGCGCCCUCGUCUCGGGCUACCAGUUCUGCAUCACGAUCGGCCUCAUGCUUGCGGCCAUCGUCACGAACUACACCUCGAACAGGUCCGACUCCGGCUCGUACCGCAUCCCCAUCGGCCUCCAGUUCGCUUGGGGCAUUAUUCUCGCCACCGGCUUGUUCUUCCUUCCGGACUCACCCCGUUUCUACGUCAAGCGCGGCGAACUCGACCGUGCCCGCGACGUCCUCGUCCGCCUCCGUGGCCAGCCCCCUACGUCGCAGUACAUCGAGCUGGAGCUCGCUGAGAUUGUCGCCAAUGCCGAGGUCGAGGCCAAGGCCAUCCCGACCGGAUCGAUGUCCGCGUCGUGGGCGGCUUGCUUCUCCGGCUCCCUCUUCCAGGCCAAGUCGAACCUGCGCCGCACGAUUCUCGGGACCUCGCUCCAGAUGAUGCAGCAGUGGACCGGCGUUAACUUCAUCUUCUACUACUCGACACCUUUCCUCCAGUCCACCGGCGCCAUCAAGAAUGCUUUCCUCACCAGCAUGAUCUUCACCAUCGUCAACGUUGGCUCGACUCCCAUCUCGUUCUACACCGUCGAGCGCUUUGGACGUCGUCCCUUGCUCAUCAUCGGCGCCUUCGGCAUGCUCGUCUGCCAGUUCCUCGUCGCCAUCAUCGGUGUUACCGCCGGCUUCAACAAGACGCACGUUGACGCUGCCACUGGCAAGACCAUCGCCGACAACAUCGGUGCCGUCAACGCCCAGGUCGCCUUCAUCGCCAUCUUCAUCUUCUUCUUCGCCUCGACCUGGGGACCGGGCGCGUGGGUCCUCAUCGGCGAGAUCUUCCCUCUCCCCAUCCGUUCGCGCGGUGUCGCCCUCUCGACCGCCUCGAACUGGCUCUGGAACACCAUCAUCGCCGUCAUCACCCCCUACAUGGUCGGUGAGGACAAGGGCAACCUCCGCUCGUCGGUCUUCUUCAUCUGGGGCGGUCUCUGCACUUGCGCCUUCGUCUACUCGUACUUCCUCGUCCCCGAGACCAAGGGUCUCACGCUCGAGCAGGUCGACCAGAUGUUCGAGGCCGGUGUCACCCCCCGCAAGUCGGCGUCCUGGCGCCCGGACCACACCUACGCGACCGAGAUGGGCAAGGACAACGCCGAGAUCCGCCACAUCGACUCGCAGGAGGAGCACGAGACCAAGAAGAUGGAGGUCUAA